UCUACAAAGAAUAUUAUUCACCACACUAUUCUGCAACAUUGCUUCUUAGAAGUUGCGCGACAAUAUGGCUAGUAGUAGAGGUAAUUCUCUUUCUUUGAGUCUUGGAAAAAUUGUCUAAUUAAUUAAACUCAACAGUUUCCGUCGCGAGUGACGAUGAUACCACUAUCAAAGUCGCGCCCAAGAGAGAACGAAGAGGUGUGGAUAAGUUAUUGGGAAAUAUCAAAUUAAAGAAACAACCUCCGAAACAUAAUAAACCUGGUAAUUGGAGAGAAGGAAGUAUUAUAGAUGGUGACUCUCCGCAGAAGUUCUAACUCAACUUAUAGGAUGAGUGGCUAAUUAGGCUACAUAGUCGAUGAGAAGAAGAAAGGAACCGAUACACCCAGUACGACGAUUUCGAGUCCAGGUCCAGUGGUUAAUAUGUUGGAUGAUUCUGCGCUUGAAACUUUUGCGACAGGAAGACCAUUGGAAGAUUCCCCUGAUUUGCAGGUUUGCAAACAUUGCAAGAAGAGUGUAUUGAAGUCCGCGACGGAAAAGCAUGUCAAAGCAUGUUUAAAUGCGAAGAGAUUGAAAUUGUUGAAGAAGAAAGAAGCGAAAGAAGCUAGAGACAAGGUGAAAAAGAAAUUAUCGAGUAAAGGUGUGGAUGGGGAUGGAGAUACUAAGAUGGGGAGUGACGAUGAUGACGAUGAUGAUGAGAAAGCUCCAGGUGGUUUUAAGAGUUCGAAAAAGGGUGCUGGGAAAAAUAAUGGAGACGCGAAAGGCAAGAAGAGAAAGGCGGAUGGUGAAGGAGAGAAGGGUCCGAAGCAGAAGAAGAAAAAGGAAGAGCCGAAACCAAAGGCUCCAAAACCAAAAGGUAUGCAUUUUUGUUUUUUAACUGUCCGGGUUUUCUCUUAUAUUUACGGCGGGGUAAGGGUGGGAGGAGGGAGGUAGAUGGUGGAAGCUUGGAGAGGGUGAACAACUAGCCGUACUCUAAGAGGGCUUCACUAUUUAUCUUGAGUGUUUUCCUAUGAUUCUUCCAGAUACUCACCCUAUAUUUACAUCUGUUUUGUCUACCACGAUAUUCAAUCAUGGAGACCAGAAUAUCAACAAGAUUACAUCAAAAAGCGCUUUUAGCUAACAAUUUAACUCUAUCUAAAGGUCCUGUCGAUGUAGAACGACAAUGUGGAGUCCUCAAAGAUGGAGUCCCAUGCGCUCGCUCUUUAACGUGCAAAUCUCAUUCUAUGGGAGCUAAAAGAGCUGUUCCUGGUCGUACUUUACCUUAUGAUAUGCUUCUUUCUCAAUAUCAAAAGAAAAAUCAAGCCAAACAACAAAGUAUGUUAUUCCUUUUCUUACUUCCAAUUUUGUUAUUUCUACUUCCCCUCUUUCCUCCUAAAAAGCUCAACCUCUAACUCCAAAAACAGAAGCAGCUAUUGAUGCCAAUGCACCUCUCGAAGAUGAAGAUCUCCUUAAUGGACCUAUCGAUUCAGAUGAAGAACUUCUCGCCGUCCAAUCUGGUCUCGCAAAUUGGAAUCCACAACCAUUAGUUCCACCACUUAUUCAAUAUCCAAUUCAAUAUCGUUACAGAGAUGAGAGAUUAUGGGAACAAUUACAUAAUGCUACAAAUGGAUUUACAUUGAAUAUUUGUAAAGUUAAAGGAUUAGGAGCUCAAAAAGCGGGAAUAGAAAAUGGAGAGAAUGAUGGAGAUGAAAUCAUGGGAGGAAUGGGCGAUGGUACAAAUGGAAAUGGAAGUUCUGAAAUGGGAUUAGGAAUUGUGGGACCAGCUGUUAGAAGACCAAGUGGAUUUGUACUACAGGGUGUUCCACAGAGAAAACAAAGUAUGGCAGGACGUGCUUAAAGUCUCUAUCUAGACUGAAGGUGUUUAAUAAUUGCUUCGACGUCGGAUUGAUUGUUCAAGAUGAGAGGGAACAUACUAUAGAUUCUCUACAUGCGGGGUUCUAGGCACACUUUUUGAUUAAGGCGUAUGGUAUGGUAUGGUGUGGUAUGGUAUGAUAUGUAGGAGCUGGAUUGGGUUGGCUUGUUUGGAUCACCUUUCUAGCGAUGUUAUCUUUAUGUUUAUGGGAAUGGGAAUGAUGCAUGCAAGUUUUGCAUCGUGGGUACAUACAUAAGUACAUAAUACAAGUACAGGGCGUUGU